AUGUCUUCGUCAUCUUACCUCGGCCAAUAUACUGAUGAUUAUGCCCACCAUUCCGCACCACCUACUCCGGCAACAACAGGCGAAAGCUUGUCGUGGGAUCAACACCAACGUCCGCCGGCAACUGACUUCGACUCACAAGUCGUCACCCCCACACAACUUCACCUUGUCGGCUUACCAGCGGAGCCUCAGCACCUUGUACCGACACAAGUGCAAGCACGAGGGACCCAUGACAUGACUCCCGUUCGACUAUUUUCCACCAGCACUCGACCACCACCAGUCGAGAUACAACCAGUUAUGCUGAACACCCCCAUCACUCGAGCAACAGCACGACCUGCUUCGCGGGCGCGACAUGGCUAUCAUCCUUAUCAGCGUCCUCUGAGUGAUUCGAAGGAAAAUGAAACUCAGUUUCCAACCCAAUCGGCGCCUGGAAGGCAACGAUAUCCGACUGAUGCAUCGCCACCGAGCGAUCUCGCUUUGCAUAGCACGCCCACUUCUCCGGCACUUUUUCAACCCACAACUGAAGAGCGUCGUUAUCUAAUCCGAACGGAUACCCACUACGACUCGAACACUCAGAUUCUUACUGCAAUGCUGGAAGUACCUGGGAUCAAACGACAGGACAUACGCAUCACCAUUGGGACAACGCUCUUCAAUCGACUUCGACAAGUCACCGUCCACGGUAGCUCGCGAGCGUGCUUUCCACCGCCUAUACAUCGUGCCAAUACCGCCGCGCUUCGUGAACGCAAAUAUGGGAAAUUUUCAAGAGCAUUUCCCGUUCCAGAAGACACACGGGUAUGUGUUCCAUUCAUCAACCCUUACCUCUCAACCCUUCCCGUUUCCGAUGUGAUGAAUGCCGACGUCUUUUGCCUCCCUCCCGCGCAGCCCGAAGACAUCGAUGCGACGAUGGAGGAUGGAGUGUUAGUAUUGAGAAUAAAUUGUGGUGUUCCAGCCCUCGGUGCUGAUGAGCAUGAGAUACCCAUCCGAUGA